CGCUCUCCUUCCUGUUUAUCCGAGCCAGCCAAUCAAAAGUUUGUGGGCGUGGUCAAAAGACACACACCACCUUGACUGCUCUUUCUUUCUGUGAAAUCCUAUUAGCAAAUUGCCUGUUGUUAUAGGAAGUAGGAUUUGUUGUUUUCUUAUGUCUCCGGUUCUGUGGGCUUUCGCACAGUAAAAUCCUGGGAUAGUGUCGAACAUUGAGGCCGUCACGUUGCACAGCGCCAUAUCUCUGCCUGCCUAACUCGAAGCAUGGCAGACCCAAUGAUGAUGCCAGUGAUGCAUGGUGGACAUCCAAAUUAUAGAGUGGGAAUGAAUCCCAUGCAGGCACCACCUUGUCACCAGACCAGGACUAUGCCUCCUAUGCAUUCGGGACAUAUGAUGCAAUAUGGAUUUUCCAAUACUGAAGAAAACAUGAGAGCACGGAUGGCCAUGCAGCAGCAGCAGCAGCAUGUACCAGCCCACAUGAUGUACCCAGCACAGUCUCAGUCAUAUAUGGGAACUCAGCAGCUAAUGGCAACCAUGCACCUUCAGAGACUCAACACACAAUAUCAGGGGCAGCCAUUAAUGGCUAAUCCUGCACUGGCACAGAACCACCAAAUGUACAGAACUGCAUCUGCCCAACACCAACAUAUGCCCACAUUGAACGUGACCGACACAGACCUGGUAGAUGAAGACGUUUUGACAUCUUUGGUGCUUGAACUGGGUUUAGACAGAAUUGAAGAACUCCCUGAACUUUAUUUGGGUCACAAUGAAGUUGAUUUUAUUUUAGAUUUUGUAUGCAAACAACAAACCAGCCCAGUAACCUGCUAAAGGUUCUUCAAGGAGACAAUAGUAACCACAAAAUGACAUACUCUGUGCCUUGUGUUUAGGUCUUGGAUAAAGUCCAUAGUGAUCACCACUGUCGGAUUGUUGACUUGUUUAUGAUACGAUUCAUAUAUAAUGAGUUUAAGAUUUUAGGGUAAUGUAAAUGGGAAUGUUACUGUUCAACUUGUGGGCAGUUAAGGUCAUUCAGCUGUUGUCUUGGUUGCAACAUUUAUGGACUUUAGACAGACACAAGGCUACAUUCAGUAAGACAAAGGAUUUAAUGAAACAGAGCUUGCACAACCUGGAAUGGGCUCAGGAAUUCUGUGACAUUGCCUUUGCAUAAUAGAGUUCUGGUUGAUGCACCAGUAAUUCCUGUCUUAAGUAUCAUGCUGGUAAUUGUUGUGAUAAAAACUCUUAAAAUCCAGCCUUGUCAGAGUUUUGGCAGGUUGUGUUAGUAUGUCACUGUUAAUAUGUUGAUUGUUUAAUAGGUAUCUUUUACCUGCCCAAUCUAACAGCAAUAUGGCAAACUAAAAAGAAGCUGUUAAAGCAAGCAGUAAUGUAUCUAAACUGUGAAACCACUACAGCUCUUUCACUGUGACCCCAUAAUAUAUUCACACGGGGGAAUAAGUGUACAUUACCAGCUUCUCCCCUAUGUGUGGGAUGUUGAAAUGUGCACUAUAUAUUCUAAUCAUUUUAAUGUAUAUAAGGGAUAAGCAACAUUGCUUUAAUGUAUACAAUGUAAAUUUGUUUGUAAUGCUUGUAUUUAAAAAUAAAUCUAGGUUUUAGGAUGAGGAAAAGCAGAUCCUAAAAGUCUCUAUCAUACUUUAGUUAAAGGGCAAGCAACUAUUUUUUUUUCUUCUGAUUAGACAAAUACAAAAAAAGAAUACUUUCUUGUUAAAGUUAUAGGAGUACAGUUCUGUGUGUGUCCAGGUCAUACUAAUGGAUACUUCAUGAAAAACUACGUUGAGUAAAUUAUCAUAUGGUUUUGACUGAUUCUGAUAAAAGCCUGCACCUAUUUAAAAAUUGUAAUGCUGCAUGCCCUGGAACAACUGCAAAUCAAAAAUUGAGACAGUUAUUCUAGGCCUGAAUUUGUCCUGGUCAUACCCAGUUAUAACCAUACAUGUGUUAAUCAAACAAAAACCUCACUUUCUUGAUAGUCUGCCCUUUUUUGAAACCACAGUUUGGGUCCGCCUGAAAUUAGGACCAUGGAGGGAGGGAGGGGAAGUGAUACUAUUUGAUGAGUGUAAAUCAAUAAAAGUUUUCUUUAUUUUUAAAGCUUUUGCUUA